AGCAUGACACUGCACUGCAUCUCAACACAUAAGACAGCCUGGACGCGAAUCUCUAAUUAAAAAUAUGGGACAAACUGUUCUUUAGAGAUUACAAUGUGAUGCUAGCGACUUUUUAACAGGAAUACAAAAUGAAGGGACUCUUCCUUGUGGAGCCUGUGGUUGGCCUUUAUGCUUUCUCCGCCUUUCUCAUCUAUCCCCUGGUGCAGCAGUAUGUGUACCGAAGGCUCUGGCAGGAGCUGACAAACACCACCUACCCAGCAUCUGACAAUACCUCCAGGUGUACACCAAGCAACAGCACCAACCACUCGAGCUAUCAUGAGGAAGUGCAGAGGCAGGCAUCUCUCUUCUCCCUUUACACAGACCUCUUUUCCACAAUACCUUCUCUGGUUGUCACCAUCAUGCUGGUGGCAUAUAGUGACCGUGGCGGGCGCAAGAUUACCAUCCUCAUGCCCUUGAUUGGCACAUUGAUCUACACCACAUCCUUCCUGACAAUUUCCUACUUUGAGCUGAAUGUUUAUUUGCUCAUUGGCGCCUCACUUCUCAGUUCUCUGUGUGGGGGCUUGGGUACUUUUCUGGGAGGCUGCUUCGCCUAUAUAGCAGACCUGUGUGAGACUGAUCGACAGAAGACGCUGCGCAUGGCUGGACUGGAUAUGAUUAUUGGCCUGUUAGCAGGGAUAGCAUCCUUAUCAACAGGCUAUUUCCUGAGAGCUGCAGGAUUUAACUGGCCUUUGCUGACCUCUGCUUUGUGUCAGUGUUUGGUUUUACUUUAUGUAAUUUUUAUCCUAGAGGAAACUGUGAAGAAGGCUCCCACUGAUGCCAUUAUCCUGGACGGGGCUCCCCAGGGCUCAGCUUUAAAACAGAUGUUUUAUGGAGUCUAUCACCUGUUUGAAAGGGCCAGUAGCAAGAGUAGAACUGUUUUGGUUCUACUUAUUCUCACAUUCAUCACCUUUGCAUUUGCUGAAUUUGGUGGCCUAUCCAUAGUGACGCUUUAUGAGCUCAAUGAACCCCUGUGUUGGUCUGAGAUUUUGAUUGGUUACGGCUCAGCACUAUCCACCAUUGCGUUCCUGACCAGUUUCCUGGGGUUGUCAGCAUUCAUGUACUGUGGUAUGCCACAGCUCGUCAUCGUCCUUGUGGGAAUUCUGUCUUGUGCAUCAGGCAUGGUCCUGGUAGCUUUUGCUAACACCACUCUACUGAUGUUUUUAGCAAGAAUACCAAUGCUCUUCACUAUCAUGCCUUUCCCUGUCCUGCGCUCCAUGAUGUCAAAGAUUGUUUCAAAGUCUGAACAGGGAGCGCUGUUUGCCUGUGUUUCCUGUCUGGAUAGUUUAACCAGCAGUGUGGCAGUUGCUGUCUUUAACAGUGUCUAUGCUGCUACAGUGACAUGGUUUCCUGGAUUUAUUUUCUUGUUGGCUGCAGGACUCUUUGCAAUCCCACUGACAUUUCUAGGGGUGUUGGGUGUAAUAGGACUGGAUGUUUCCACAGAGGUCGAAGAGUCAGAGCCGCCGAACUCAGGAGAGGAGAAGCUUGCUGAAGAUCAGAAUGACAACGGACGUCUUUUGAUCUGAACCACACAGGCACUGCCAAAACUAGCCAGCACUUUGUUAAAGCUUUCUUUAGUCAUUCAGUUUGAAUUACCAUUCCCAAAAAUACCUCAGUGACUCUUGUUUUCAGGCUUUCAUUGUAGCAAGUAAAUAAUGCAGGUUACAGAAAUAUUUCUCUAUUAGAAUUAAGGGAAACUGAUUCUAAUUGAAGUUUUUGGACUGUUUUAGUAAAGGGAUAUGUUUAAACUUUGAUAAACUUUAAAUAUCUUUAAUUUGGAAAUAUAGAUGCAUUUUUAUACAGACGUACCUCAGAGCGCCUUUACUGUGACAUAAUGUACUAAUAUGCUCAAAGGAAUAUUAGGGGUUUUUGUAUACUGUGUGAUAUGAAUUAUUUUCUUUUUUCUCUGUAUAUAUCUUUCUUAAUGAUCUGUGUUUGUUGCUCUUUCACAUGCUCUCAUAUCAAGUAAGAAACCAAAUAUGCAGUGAUAUGCACUUAUUUUUAAGUAUGAAAAGUGAAGCCCAAGUGUAUUCUCAAGAAAACCACUGGGGAGUUUUUUUGUAAGAAAUAAGGUUUUUGUUUACGUCCAACAAAUGAUCAGAAUACAAAUGGGAAACAGCAGUUGAUCAAAUGACACCAAGUUACGAUUUAAGGUUUUUCACACAAACCUCAAAGGAGUUUCAUGUUCUGUCUUUGAAAUGGUGUUUUACUCAUUUAAAUAACAGAAGAACCCUGUACUUUUCAUGCUGGCCACUAGGUGUCACACAUGCUUCACACUGAACUAAAAUAUCUUUAGCCAUAGGUCUAUUGGUCUAAUUUAAUUGCCAGUAUGUCAUUGCUUUUCCACAGGUAACAAAGGGACUUUUGACACAAAUUAGACCUUCAUUAUGUUCUCCAAAACAAGAAAACUCUUAUUUUGUGCCUAAAUAAUGGAAAUAUCCCAUCUAUAAGCUAAAGAUCUAUUAAUAUGUAAAAAAAAAAAAAAAAAAAAAAAAUUGUGGUUGUGAUUUUUUUUU